AUGUCGUUGAUCCUUACCACAGACUGGCCGGCGCCAGAAGCCAGCGAGGAACUGUCGGGAGUUUAUCGCCAUCCCUUUCACGAUCGAAGCGACUAUACCGAGGACGAGUGCGAAGACCAACCCGUUUCAGCCAACGAGCGCAACAUGUGCGCGCUCUCCGCGGUUCUUCGUUCCAAACCUCAGUGGUGGACCAAAUACACAGACCCGGACAUUCGUGCUCGAUGGAAGUCUGAGGCUGUUGGUGCACCUGUUCCUUACGGCAAAAUCCCGCUGAAGGAGGAGGAAGUCGAGUAUGUGUUAGAUGAGCUCACACAUUAUGCUGCGAUGCGUGAUCCCGUGACGGGCAUAGAGGCCUCGGUCGCUGCGCGCAUCUGGCAAUCGGAUAGCCUUGUGGAUGAGGACUUACGCAAUGAGCUCCUCGAUUGUGUUACGAAGCUCGAGGGUGUCCCUGACGAGCUCAAAGACUGGCAUCCCCGCGCGAAUGGCCAAGUUCUGGAUCUCGUCCACCCAUCGCUAUACCCCGGAGUCUACGGCCACACUGCAGUUCAACCCUAUUCUCUGCUGCAAGGUACGCGAGACGUUCCGCGUCCCCAGUAUACGAUAGACCCCGCUACUAUCGUGGUGCCCGAUAGUUAUGGCAGCCAUCGCCUGUCAAGUGAAUUUCCCGCAAUGAUCAGCGCUUCAUUCAUCUCGCCACGCUUUCAAUGGCUGCCCACGGACUUCGUCAUAUCCGAAGAUGGAGCAUCGGCACACGUUCUUGGGUACAUCAACAAUCUCGAACCGCGAGUUCACGCGAGCAGCUACCCAGUUCUGGAGAGGCUGGUUGCUCGUUUCGUGCCACUAUGGGAGCGUGUAUUGGGCGAGACGGCCGCAGGAUAUCUGCCACCUAUGCGCACUGAGGGCGGGUACAAGAAGGACCAUCUCAGGGAAUGGACGGAAGAGGAAUUGGAGACUGGCGAAGAGCCACCUUUUGUGAUCACACUACCUAGUGUAGAGGGCCCAUUCACAGCUCAUCCGCCCCCUCCUACUGUGGAUCUCCGCGGAAAGACACUACAAGUCAUUGUCAAGCUGGCAAACAUCCAUCUGACGCCGGACGCCCCCGAAUACCCCGGCGGCUCAUGGCACGUAGAAGGCAUGAUCAACGAAGCCAUCGUGAGCACUGGCAUAUACUACUACGAUGAGGACAACGUCACAGAAAGCCGCCUGGCAUACCGCGCUUCCGUGAACGCUCCCAGUGUUGGGCAACAUGAUGUUUCUGGAGCCAGGGCGACGUAUGGACUCGCCAGAGACGAUCCUCUCAUGCAGACGCUCGGUGCCGUUGUGACGAAGGCUGGGCGCUCCAUUGCGUUCCCCAAUAUAUAUCAGCAUCAGGUGCAGCCAUUCGCGUUGGCAGACACUUCUCGACCGGGCCAUCGCAAGAUACUCGCGCUCUUUCUUGUGGAUCCAAGUCUCGAACACCCUCGACCUUCUACGACGUUUGUCCCCCCUCAGCAGCGCGAAUGGAUGUACACCACUAUACGCUCUCUCUCCACGUCGUCCGACUCCCGCUUGUCAAGGUUACCUCUCGAGCUGCUCGAUGCAAUCGUGGAAAAUAUUGAUGGAUUGAUGGAUCGUGCAGAAGCAGAGGAGCUGAGGCUGGAGCUCAUGGACGAGCGUACUAAGAUGACGGACAAUAACUUGGAAGAGAUGUUUGAGGUUCCAUUCAAUAUUUCUCUGAUCAGCUUUGCCGCAGGGAUCUACAUCGACAUAAAGGCGAACAAGGCGAAGCCUGACUUCAUCACGGAACGCAGGCUGGCAAGGCGGGCACAAACAUACGAGAGCAGGGUCGCGCUCCCAAGUCGACCGAAUACGCCGUUCCAGGGUACCUGGUCUAGUUCGCCUACACUUUCGGUAGAACCGUGCCAGUCGUCGCAGUACUCGUACGCGUCAUUCGACACCGCCUGA